CCAUCAUUCUACCAGAUUGCCAAACUCAGCAACCUAUGUUCAUUUUGCACCUAAUUUGAUUUCUCUGCAGCAUUCGAAAACACUGGUCAAUCCCUUUUCAAAAUGAGCCUCACAGUUACUGGAAGUAACUGGUUAGAUGGAAGGUAUACCUGGUUUUUCCAGUACUCUAGGCCCAAGGGUCAAGGGUCAAACAUAAAUAAUUCCAUGGCAGUUAGCAGCCUUGAGAGCAGGCUGGUCUCACUGCAGUGCUGCAGGGUGGAAGUUAUCUUCUCUGUUCCACAAGAUACUUUAGCUUCUGCCAUUGCCAAUGCCUCAGCAGUCACCAAAACCCCAGAUUUUGCCCUUCCUCCUGUGACUAAUCAAAUCAGAGAAGUCUAUGAAAUAUCCACGCAGUCUCAGCUAGAAAUCCCACUCGCAAUGGUGUAUAUAUCAAGCAGAAAUAUGCAGGCCAUCAACAUGCUCUCCUCCUCCUGGGCCACAGUCUUGUUGACAAUAGGAAUCAUUGUGGAUGAAUGGGUGGAGCUGAUCCCCAAAAGACAAACGAUCAAAGUGAACCACAGUCCAUGGAUGACAUGCUGCAUUACUACUUGGCCAGAAGGUGAGCUGGAAAGAAUCCGGAUGAUGAUGGUUGCAGUCCUCGGCAUUUCCUUCUCCCUUAACUUGAUCCUGGGUCUGGAAUUCACCUAUGUGAUUCCUCAGAACAUAUAUAUACACAUCCUCACUGCCACCGAAGGUCUCCUCUCAGGUAUCCUUCUGGUCUGUGCACUCCUACUAUACCACCAAAAGCUAAGUCAAGGUGAAUCCGUGUACUUCACUAGAUACAAGAUCUCCCUGGCCACUUUCAUUGCCUACUUAAACGUUUUCUUCUUUUUUGUCACUGGAAUCAUCUCUCUCAUACAGUGCAAGCAGUCCAUAAAUUGCAGCACCUGGCUGCACCUCACUAAUCCUGCCAAGGAACGUGAGAAUACACAGCUACCUAAGACUUCUGUCCAGGUGAUGUCAUUACCAGAAAACACCAUAAUGCCUCGCAGUAUUGUCCACAAGCACUCCUCCAUGAGCUCGAAGGAAGAUAUUCCAAGCAAAUCGCAAGUCCAGACGCGUCGUGUGACCUGGGCUUUAUGAUUGGACAGUGGGUACCUUUCAGUACAUGCCCAUCUUUAUACAACUGCUUUGUGACUGUGUGCCAUGUGGUCUCCAACCCUCUGCCCGCAUUUAGCUUUGUGUUAAUGACUGUGAAUGGUUUGGAGACCUGUGAAAAGAUCCAGAUGAUGGCUUUCUUUUUUAUCCUGACAUGUUGAAUAAAUAGUUUCUUCUACA